AUGGAGGCAACACGGGACGUUCGCAUGGCUACUGGCAACGGAGAGAACAGCUACGCCGCCAACUCCAGGCUCCAAGAGAAGGCCAUUUUGGAGACAAGACCGGUGCUCCACAAGGCCAUAGAAGAUGUGUACACGUUGCUGUCCGCCCGCCGGAACACGAUGGUCGUUGCUGACCUUGGCUGCUCAUCGGGUCCGAACACUCUGCUCGUUGUCUCCGAGGUGAUGGGCGCGAUCCGCGCCUUCACUCGCCAGCAGUCGGAAGAACGGCGUGGCGUUGAGGUGCAGUUCUUCCUGAAUGACCUUCCGGGGAACGACUUCAACCUCGUCUUCCGAUCACUUGAGCACUACGAUUACCUCGGCGGAGGGAAGGAGGCGCCGCCCUACUAUGUAGCAGGGUUGCCGGGAUCCUACUACAGAAAGCUUUUCCCUUGCCGAAGCGUCCACCUCAUCCACUCCUCCUACUCCCUCAUGUGGCGUUCUAAGGUUCCCGAGGAGAUCUCCAAUUCCACUCACCUGAACGAAGACAACAUCUACAUCGGAAGGAAUACUCCAUUUGUUGUGAUUAAGUUGUUCCAGGAACAGUUCCAAAAAGAUUUUGAGUUAUUUCUUACACUGCGUUCCAAAGAGCUUGUCAGUGGAGGCCGAAUGUUGCUAACAUUUAUUGGCCGAAAUAAUGAAGAUAUGUUAAUGCAUGGGGAAGUAAGCACAGUGUUUGAACUGGUUGCCAAGUCAAUCCAGUCUCUUGUACUAAAGGGCCGCCUGGAGAAGGAGAAGCUGGACUCAUUCAACCUGCCCUACUAUGCCCCAUCGGUGAAAGAGGUGAAGGAAUUGAUCGACAGGAAUAGUCUCUUUGACAUUGACCACAUUAAACUCUUUGAAUCAAACUGGGAUCCUCAAGAUGACUCGGACGGUAAUGUCACACUUGACUGUGCCAGCAGCGGAGUGAAUGUAGCCAAGUGCAUAAGGGCAGUCCUAGAGCCACUGAUUGUAGACCACUUUGGCGAAGAAAUUAUUGAGGAGUUGUUUUUUGAUUAUGGCUCCAUUGUUGCAAAGCAUCUGGAGAAAGCGAAGGCCAAGUACCCCAUCAUAGUGGUGUCCUUGAAGAAGCCCAUGCACUGA